GCUCCACCGUCAAAUUAUCACUUGUUUCAUGUAUUACCGCUGUGUGUGUGUUUGAAAGGGGCCGGGAGACUAUCUACUGCUUAAUAAGCGUGUAAACACACCGACACGGUUCACGGUUUCACGGCCGACAGCGGCGAAUAAAAAGAUGACAGCAGAAAAGUCGAGACCCUCUGAAUUGAAUUAGACAGGCUGGCUGCAUCAAGGAUGGCCCCUGUCUUGCUGCUGUGGCUGGCCGUGUCCCUCAGCGGGACGUGGGCUGUGGACAAGGGCAACUUCAAGACCUGUGACCAGAGUGCCUUCUGCAAGCGUCAGAGAGCGCUGAAGGCUGGUGAGUCUCCCUAUCGAGCCCUGCUGGAGACCAUGGAGCUGACCAACACCAGGCUCACCCUGCAGCUCAUCAAUGACAACAAUAAGGUGCGUCUGCUGCUCGAGCUCUACCGUCUCCAGGGAAACAUAACGAGGGUGAAGAUUAACGAGCUGAAGCCUCUGAAGCCUCGCUAUGAGGUCCCAGACGUGCUCAUCAGGGAGCCACCUACCGAGCCCCUGUCUCUCCUGUCUCAGGAUGAGAACGGGGUGGUCCUGUCCCUGGGAGCGGAGACUCAGAGGGUCAUCGUAAGUGCCCGACCCUUCCGGUUGGACAUCAUGGAAGGGCGAGACGUGCUGAUGUCGCUGAACUCUCGCGGCCUGCUGGCCUUCGAGCACCUGAGGAUGCGCAAGGACACUUUCUCCUAUAAAGUAACUAGCACAGUGGCUAGCGUGUGGGAUAAUAUCAAGAGGGUAUUCUCUAGUCAGGCAGACCCAGAGGCCGAGAAGAAAGAGGAGACUGAUCCGGCAAAUCAGGCCGAGACGGCGAAAGAAGAGGAAGAGAAAGUAGAAGAUGGGAUGUGGGAGGAAACGUUUAAAUCGCACUCAGACGGCAAACCUAACGGUCCAUCUGCUAUUAGUUUAGACUUCUCCUUGCCAGGUGUUGAGCACGUCUAUGGCAUCCCGGAACACGCAGAGACCCUCAGACUCAAAACCACAGAUAAUGGAGAUCCAUAUCGGCUCUACAACCUGGAUGUGUUCCAAUACGAGCUGUAUAACCCGAUGGCUCUUUACGGCUCUGUUCCAGUCAUGUUGGCCCACAGUGCCCAGCGGACAACAGGCAUCUUCUGGCUCAAUGCCGCUGAGACCUGGGUGGAUAUCAGCUCCAACACAGCUGGAAAGACUGUGUUCGGGAAAAUGCUGGAUUAUGUGCAGGGCUCCAGUGAAACACCACAGACUGAUGUGCGUUGGAUCUCUGAAAGCGGCAUCAUUGAUGUCUUCAUUAUGCUUGGACCAACACCCAAAGAUAUCUUCUCUCAGUAUGCCUCCCUCACAGGCACCCAGGCCUUCCCUCCUCUAUCUUCUCUGGCUUACCACCAGUGCCGCUGGAACUACAACGACCAGGAAGACGUGCAGACAGUGGAUGCGGGCUUCGACGAGCACGACAUCCCCUAUGACUUCAUCUGGCUGGACAUCGAGCACACAGAUGGCAAGCGUUACUUCACCUGGGAUCCACACAAGUUUGCAACACCAAAGGAAAUGCUGCAGGGUCUCGUGGACAAGAAACGCAAGAUGGUUGCCAUUGUGGACCCUCAUAUCAAAGUAGACAGCAACUACAAGAUCCAUAAUGAAAUCCGCUCUCGCAAUUUCUAUAUCAAGAAUAAAGAUGGUGGAGACUACGAGGGCUGGUGCUGGCCUGGAAGUGCCGGCUAUCCAGACUUCACCCGUGCAGACAUGAGGGACUGGUGGGCCAGCAUGUUCGCUUAUGAUCAGUAUGAGGGUUCCAUGGAGAACCUGUAUACAUGGAACGACAUGAAUGAGCCGUCCGUCUUCAACGGGCCAGAAGUCACCAUGCACAAGGACGCCAUGCACGGAGCCUGGGAGCACCGUGACGUGCACAACCUGUAUGGCUUCUAUGUGCAAAUGGCCACGGCGGAGGGUCUGAUCCAGAGGUCAGGAGGAGUCGAGCGACCAUUUGUCCUGACCAGAGCCUUCUUUGCCGGGUCACAGCGCUACGGAGCUGUGUGGACAGGAGAUAAUGCUGCUGAGUGGGACCAUCUGAAGAUCUCAAUCCCGAUGUGCCUGAGCCUCGGACUGGUUGGAAUCUCAUUCUGUGGUGCUGACGUUGGUGGCUUCUUCAAGUCUCCAAGCACUGAGCUGCUGGUGCGUUGGUACCAGACGGGGGCAUACCAGCCAUUCUUUAGGGCCCACGCCCACCUGGACACACCUCGCCGUGAGCCUUGGCUGUUUGGACCUGAAAACACAGCACUGAUCCGUGAGGCGGUGCGCCAGCGCUACACCCUCCUGCCUUACUGGUACCAACAGUUCUACCACACACACCAGACCGGAGAGCCCGUCAUGAGACCACUGUGGGUGGAGUAUCCUCAGGAUCCUGCUACUUUCGCUCUGGAUGAUGAGUUCUUGAUCGGGAGAGACUUGUUGGUGCACCCAGUUACUGAGGAGGGAGCCAGAGGAGUCACCGCCUACCUACCUGGAAAAGAUGAAGUUUGGUUUGAUGUCAACAGCUUCCAGAAGCACAACGGAGCCCAGAACCUUUACAUCCCUGUCACCAUGAGCUCUAUUCCUGUCUUCCAGCGUGGCGGCUCCAUUAUUCCCAGGAAGCUUCGAGUUCGCAGGUCCUCCACCUGCAUGGAGCACGAUCCCUACACUUUGUACGUGGCUCUCAACCCCAAGAGAACUGCAGAGGGAGAGCUUUACGUAGAUGAUGGCCACACCUUCAACUAUGAAAAGAAGGAGUUCAUCCACAGGAGGCUCUCCUUCGCCAACAACGUCCUCUCCUCUGUUAAUCUGGCUCCAGAUGCCCACUUUUCCACCCGUUCCUGGAUCGAACGCAUCAUCAUACUGGGAGCCAGUAAGCCUGGCAAGGUUACCCUCACUGCUGGUGCUCAGGAGAGUCAGCUCGAGUUUGAGUUUGACGCCUCCAUGUCGGUGCUGACGAUCCGCAAGCCUGGCAUGAACGCAGGGGUGGACUGGACCGUGAAGCUCCAGUAACCAUGGAGACAGGAGGGAGGAGGAGGAUGAGGAGGGGAGAAAAUGACUGAACUGAACAGGAGGAGAGAACAGACACGAGGCUGACUAUGACUAACUAAAGCAAGACAAAAGGAUAGCCACCGAGAAAAAUAAAGGACAUAAACACACACACGCACACACACCACAUUUAAACACACGUGCAUAAACCCAAGUAGUCGAACUGAGCCACAUAAUGUCUCUGCCACGUCCCUCUUGUUUUCAGUCACACUGUAACACGCAACAACAAGAAGGCUUAGAACUAGAUAGAUAAUUUAUGUUUCUCACACUUUUCAGAAAGGUGGUUACUGAGCAGCUUGAGCCGUGUCAUUGUAAAGAUUUUUGGGGGGGUUUAAGAAAGAAAACAUUCAAGCACUCUUUGUUUUGUUGUUUUAAUUGUCCACUUGGUUGUCCAUCCAUCCAGCCUCAGAAGAAAGAUCACUGUGGGGGGGGGGUUGUUUGAAAUUGAAAUUGAAGGUUCACAUUCAAAGCACAUGCGCCACCUGCUGGUGAUUCCCUUUCUGUUUCUGACUUUACACAUAUUCAAAAAAAAUUCAUUCCAUCCCUCCUCUUUUUUAAGCCUUGCGUUUCAAUCAGCUAAGAGGUCGACCGCCUUUACCCGUGCCACAGUUCAUGUAAUUUGGGGGCGAGCUUGCCAACAAUCAGCUGUGUAGCUCUGCGCUUCACUUUCGUCCUGCAGUACUUGAGUUUGAUGCCACAAAUUGGAAAGAAAUCACCUUUCUUACCAAUCCUGGCUAGUGUGAGUGAGGGAGUGAUCGAGUCGUUCAACUGCUGCACAGAGGGGGGAUUUUCAGCUGUUCUUUUGAACAAACUUGGCAGUGGGGAAUCGCUUCAGGGGACUUGAACCACUGGUGUUUGUGGAUCAUCCUGUCAGCAUACUUUCUUUUGUUUUAUCAAGUUGUUUUUUUCCCCAACAUUGUUUACUAGAUUAUUUUUAAUGCACUUGAGGAAGAGUAAAAAUUGUUUAGAUUUUCAUGUGUUACUAGAUGUCGGGACCGUCCAGAAUUUCCAGUGUGUCAUUUGGAUCUUAAUGAACAGGUCAAAUCUAAUCCUUUUUAUAACGUGUUUCACUAACAAAUAGCAUUUUCUUCUGGUUUACACAAAGAAAUCCUGAAUGCACACUGAGCUGUCGUGAAUUUUCAAAUGAUUGUGUGGAGGCUCUGGAUUGCAUCCUGACUAGUCGAAUCAUCUGACCUACUUAGGAGUUUGUUUAAUGAGUUUGUCUUGUCCUUGAUUGUUUUUAUGAUCAUAAAUGUAUAUGUUGCUACACUUUUGUUGGUGAUGGCUUGAAUUGGUGCAAACGGAAGUGAAGGAACGGGCUUCAGCUGUCAAAAGUUGUCAGAUGUACUCUAAAAAGAUGAGACCAAGUGAAAAUAAAGUUGACCAAAUGUAAAA